AUGAAGAAUUUUCUAAUCAUCAUUUUCUCCAUUGCAGUUCUUGUAGGGUCCUUUUCCCAGCUGAUUUCAAGCCAAAACUGUGACUGUGAACCAGAUUUAUGCUGCAGCCAGUGGGGCUAUUGUGGCACCAGCGACGACUAUUGUGGCAAAGGCUGCCAGUCCGGCCCUUGCACCGCUGCAUCAGAUGGCGGUAAUAAUGGUGUUUCAGUUGCUGAUGUUGUGACAGACGCUUUCUUGAGCGGGACUUCUGAUCAAGCUGCUUCAAGCUGUGCUGGAAAAGGGUUCUAUACUGCAUCGGCAUUUCUUGAAGCUCUGAAUUCGUAUUCUGAGUUUGGAACAGUUGGUUCAGUUGAUGAUUCUAAAAGGGAGAUUGCUGCCUUCAUUGCUCAUGUGACUCAUGAGACUGGACAUUUGUGCUACAUAGAAGAGAUAGACGGCCCCUCCAAAGAUUACUGUGAUGAGAGCAACACUCAGUACCCAUGUGUGCCAGGCAAGGGAUAUUACGGCAGGGGUCCAUUACAAAUAUCAUGGAACUUUAACUAUGGACCAGCAGGUGAAAGCAUAGGGUUCGAUGGACUAAAUGAACCUGAAACUGUGGCCACAGAUAAUGUUAUUUCAUUCAAAACUGCCUUGUGGUUCUGGAUGAACAAUUGUCAUGAUCUUAUCAUUUCUGGUCAGGGUUUUGGGGCUACAAUUCGUGCCGUUAACGGACAGCUUGAAUGCGAUGGUGCAAAUCCGGACGCUGUUAGUGCUCGUGUUGAGUAUUAUACUGAAUAUUGUGACCAGUUGGGUGUUGAUCCCGGUGAUAAUCUCAGGUGUUAG